UGAACACAACUCUAAGAAGGGUUUUUUGUGACCCCUCCGUUCUCACUCACGCACGCAGUUCUCUCUUCUCUUCUCACUCCGCAGAAGAGAGAGAAAUAUCCAAUACCUAGCGUACUCCCAAUCCAAUCCUUUCAAUCUAUCAUCUAUUUAUCGCUUCCCUUCUUCCCCUUUUUCUCCCUUUACCCUUCUCUUCUCCUAUUCGCUGGGCUUCGCUGUGCUUCGGCGUCGCUGAAUCCAUUACCGCUCUGUCGAAUCGGACGGCCAAGAUUGCAUCGCGAGGCAUGCAGCAGAGUGAUCCGACGGUGUUGAGCUUGAGGCCCGGCGGUGGAAAAGGCAGCAGGCUCCUCGGCCCUCGAUUCGACUCCUCCUCCUCGUCUUCUGCUUCCCCUGCUUUUGGCUCCUUUUCUGCUGAUCUUCCUCUCCUGCGUCCUCAUGGCGGGGCUCCCUCUCCCUUCUCUAUCAAGGCUGGAGAUUCCCGGUUUGAGGGUCGUGAGCGUGUGCGAUAUACCAGGGAGCAGCUCUUACAACUCAGUGAGGGUGUUGAGACCCUUGAUGAUGUUUUGAAGAUCAAACAAGAAUUUGAAGCUGAACUAUUUGGUGAAGAUCAAAGUUGGGCCCGCCCAGAAAGUAACCCCUCACAUCAAUUCCAAAAUCGAUAUUCUGAGCCAGAUAAUCGUGACUGGCGUGGACGAUCUGGCCAACAACCUUUUGGUAAUGCAGAUGAGAGGUCUUGGGAUAAUCUCAAGGAGAAUAGGGAGUUUGGAAAUAAUCGUCAAGAGCAACUGAAUUCUCAGUUUGCAAGGGCACAAAUAUCUUCUAACCAAGGGGGGGGACCUACUCCAACUCUAGUCAAGGCUGAGGUGCCAUGGUCAGCUAGGAGGGGAACUCUCUCUGAAAAAGAUCGUGUCUUAAAGACAGUUAAAGGAAUACUAAAUAAGUUGACUCCUGAGAAAUUUGAUCUCUUGAAGGGUCAGUUGAUUGAUUCUGGCAUUACAUCUGCCGACAUAUUGAAGGGAGUUAUUUCACUAAUAUUUGAUAAGGCAGUGCUAGAACCAACAUUUUGCCCAAUGUAUGCCCAGCUAUGUUCUGAUCUUAAUGAAAAGCUGCCUCCAUUCCCAUCUGAUGAGCCUGGUGGGAAGGAAAUCACUUUUAAGAGAGUGCUCUUGAAUAUCUGCCAGGAGGCUUUUGAAGGUGCAGAUAACCUGAGGGAAGAAGUUAGACAGAUGACUGCUCCUGAGCAGGAGAUGGAGCGAAGGGAUAAGGACAGACUUGUCAAGAUUCGAACCCUUGGAAACAUUCGUUUAAUUGGUGAGCUAUUGAAGCAAAAAAUGGUUCCCGAAAAGAUUGUUCAUCACAUUGUUCAGGAGCUUUUAGGUCCACAGGACAGCAAGGUCUGUCCAGCUGAGGAAAAUGUUGAAGCCAUAUGUCAAUUUUUCAACACUAUUGGUAAGCAGCUUGAUGAAAGCCCAAAAUCACGGCGUAUUAAUGAUAUGUACUUCAGUCGUUUGAAAGAAUUGAGCACCAAUCCCCAACUUGUUCCACGGCUGCGGUUUAUGGUUCGUGAUGUUCUAGAGUUGCGUUCUAAUAGCUGGGUUCCUAGACGUGAAGAGGUGAAAGCCAAAACCAUCACUGAAAUUCAUUCAGAGGCAGAGAAAAAUCUUGGAUUGCGUCCCGGUGCCACUGCAAGUAUGAGAAAUAGCCGUGUAGUUUCUGGUGUUCAAGGAAACGCCAGUCAGGGAGGAUUUCCUAUUGCCCGACCUGGUACUGGUGGUAUGAUGCCUGGGAUGCCGGGGACAAGGAGAAUGCCUGGGAUGCCUGGAAUUGAUAAUGACAACUGGGAGGUGCCUAGGACAAGAUCAAUGCCGAGAGGUGACAUGUCAGGCAUGCAAGGUGGAGGACGUGGUCAGUCUCCUCUCAUUUCUAAGACACCAACUGUUAACUCAAAGUUACUACCUCAAGGUAGUGGUGGUACUAUAAGUGGGAGAAGCAGUGCCCUGGUGCAUGGAGGUGGUGGUGCUCCUUCUGCUCGUCCAUCAAACGUUGGUUUGAGUACCGAGCCCACACCUCAAAUGCCUGCACCUGUUAAACCUGUUUCUGCCAUACCCUCUGAGAAGCCACAAGCUUCAGCUCCAAAAUCGAAUGUUGAGGAACUUCAGCGUAAAACCAGUUCUCUUCUGGAAGAAUAUUUCAGUGUUCGACUUUUGGACGAAGCAUUGCAGUGUGUGGAAGAACUAAAAGCUCCAGCUUAUCAUCCUGAGGUUGUGAAGGAAUCCCUUUCAAUUGGUCUAGAUAAAAGUCCGCCAUGCAUUGAACCCGUUGGCAAACUUCUUGAGUAUCUGUUCGUGAAGAAGAUUCUUUCAGCCAGAGACAUAGGGACUGGGUGCAUGUUAUUUGCCUCUGUGCUGGAUGAUAUCGGCAUAGACUUACCUAAAGCACCAAAUAAUUUUGGUGAGAUAAUAGGGAAACUAGUUUUGGCUGGGGCUUUGGAUUUUAAGGUGGUGAGAGACGUCCUGAAGAAGGUGGAGGAUGACCGGUUCCAGAAAGCUAUAUUAUCCGCAGCAUUGCAGGUAAUUAGCUCUGCAUCUGGGCAAGCUGUGUUGGAUUCACAAGCAUCUGAUAUUGAGGCCUGUCAGAGUCUGUUCAACUGAAUCAGAUGAGUCUGCAUGAGAAUAUUGAUCUCUGUAACUGAAUGAACAUCAAAUUCCCUUCCCUUUACGCUCUCACUUUUUAGAGCACUUUGUAUUACAGUAUGUUAUAAAAGUGGGAGCUUCCAGUAUCAGGUAUUUUCUCGAGUUGUAUAAUUUUUUUUUUUUGUUUUCAUGUCGUAGAGGUGUUUUUUGAGGGAAAAGUUAAACCAUAAAGCUACGGAUUUUGUUUUCCAGUUGGCUAAUCAUGUGCCAAGAGAGUGGCCCAUCCAUCCGGGGGUCCAAAUGUUUUUGUACUUCAUUAGUUUCAUUUUUUCCCUUUAUUUUCUUGACAGAGUAAUUGUUAAACUGGUCAGUUCAUAAAUAUCAUUGUCGUUACUUUGGCAUGUAUUUUU